AUGCGGUGGCACGGCCAGGGACCCUCCGGUGGUGGCACGGAGCAGUGGCACGGCCAGGGACCUCAGGGCGGUGGCACGGCCAGGGACCCUCCUAGAGGUGGUGGCGCGGCCAGGGACCCUCUAGGGCGGUGGCGGCAGGGACCUCUAGGAGCGGUGGCGCGGCAGGACCCUCUAGAGGCGGUGGCGCGGCCAGGGACCCCUCCUAGGAGCGGUGGCGCGGCAGGGACCCUCCUAGGAGCGGUGGCGCGGCCAGGGACCCUCCUAGGAGCGGUGGCGCGGCCAGGGACCCUCCUAGGAGCGGUGGCACGGCCAGGGACCCUCCCUGGGCGGUGGCACGGCAGGGACCCUCCUAGGAGUGGUGGCGGCCAGGGCCCUCUAGGAGCGGUGGCGCGGCCGGGACCCCCCUAG